GGUCAUAGCAACGUUGAAAUGGACGGGUUUGGGUCUGACUUUUCCGUUGGGGGAUCAAGCUCUGGGAAGGUUGAUACCGGAGCAAUAAUGGAACAAGUUAAAGUGCAGAUUGCAGUUGCUAACGCUCAGGAACUACUGCAGAGGAUGACAGAUAAAUGUUUCCGAAAAUGUAUUGGAAAGCCAGGUGGAUCUCUCGACAAUUCUGAGCAGAAAUGUGUUGCAAUGUGCAUGGACAGAUAUAUGGAUGCCUGGAACAUAGUUUCUCGGGCAUACAACUCAAGACUACAGCGAGAGCGUGCCAAGAUGUGACAUAAUGAAAGAAAGCACUACAAGACCUAUCUACCAUACUUAUUAGCACUGAGCUGAAUCAGAAAUAUAGAAAAGGACAACUACCAGCCAUUGAUAUGUUUUUUAAUUAAAAAUGAUAACUGUUCAUGCAGAAAUCACUAAGUAUGAUUGACUUUGGUUGAAGGGUUAAACAAUAUUUUAAGGACAAGUCGAUUAAUUUUUUUCAUAGUGUUCAACUGAACCUGGAAAUCUAGACUGGCACACUGGUAUUUUUAAGCACACACAGUACGUUCCACUGUCUGUGGUAAUAAAAAGGUUAAAUCUCAAA